UGUCACCAUGGCGCGUUUCAAUUGAAGCUAUGAAUCAGUGCAUCAUUCAAUGCACAACACUUUCACGUUAAGGUUCUCAUCCAAAUAACCUGGACUUCGGUGUUGAUCCACUGCGUAAUCCACUCAUCUCCACUUUCAGUCCAGCUCCUCUAUAAUGCUGAGGGCUUUCACUGGCAGUCACUAUAGACAAGAUGUUCGUAGCAUGGAAUCCGCAAAUAUGUAUGUAAAUACCCUCGCAUUGAGACCGAUUUGUAUCCCAUUCCACGUCGUCUAUUAUCAAGCAUCGAGGUCCAAAGAAUACAAAACCGAGCCCAUCAUUCUCUCCGGCGGUUCAUGUCUACUGUCCUGUUUAGUAAUAAAUCUUAGGACAAGAGCUCUCACAUUGACCAUCCAAUGGUAGUCUCCAGACUAACGCUGCGGUUCCAAUUAAUAGAGAGAACACCGCGGCUGGCUAGAGAGAGGUGAUUUGGGCCUUUGAAGAAGCCGAAAGCUUAGAGUUGUGAUGUUGUAAUGCGAGCCAGAAGGUUCCUUGGCCUGGCUCGGUGAUAAUUGAUGAUUGUGAUCUCACAUAUCGGCCAAAUAAGACGGCCUGUUAUUGUGCAAAAACCCAUUGCGAGAGGAUGUAGACGAGGGCCUAACACCCCCA